AUGCGCCCCCGGGCGCUCUUUUCCCUCUCCGGCCCUCACCCGCGGUGGACCUGCCUCUACGCCACCGCCGUCGCGCGGCGCCCUCUCGUGACGCUCGCCAUCGAGACCUCGUGCGACGACACGGCCGUCGCCGUCCUCGAGCGCCGUCACCCCUCCCAGACGACGCGUCUCCUCUUCAACGAGCGCGUGAGCGCCGACCUGCGCGCCUACCGUGGCGUCCGCCCAGCCGCGGCCCUUGAGAGCCAUCAGCGCACCCUCGCCGGGCUCGUCCAGCAAGCCAUCUCCCGCCUUCCCGACGACGGCCACGGCCGCCGCCGCCCAGAUUUCGUCGCCGCUACCCGCGGGCCCGGCAUCCACUCCAACCUCGCGACGGGGCUCUUUACGGCCAAGGGCCUCGCGCUGGCGUGGGGCGUGCCGCUCGUCGCCGUGCACCACAUGCAGGCGCACGCGCUGACGCCGCGGCUCGUCCGCGCGCUGGGCAUGCCCAUGGCCGGCGAGGAUCCCGCAUCGGCGUCGACGUCGGCGUCGGGUGUGUCGACCCCUGAAUUUCCGUUUUUAACGUUCCUCGUGUCUGGCGGCCACGCGCAGCUCGUCCUCUCCGUGGGCUUGACGGACCAUCGCGUACUCGCCACCACGACCGACGCCGCGAUCGGCAACGUCCUUGACCAGACGGCGCGCGUCAUCCUGCCGGCCUCGGUCCUCGCUGCGUGCCCCGAUGUCAUGUACGGGCGCCAUCUUGAGGCCUAUGCCUUUCCCGACCCGCCCCCCUUCGACGACAGCAGCAGCAGCAGCAGCGACAACAACCCCUACGCCUUUUACAUGCCGCCGCGCUCCCGAGCCGACGAGCUCGCCGACGUUGAUACCGGCUACACGUGGCGCGUGCCGCCGCCGAUGCGCACCACCCGCCGCCUUGCAUACUCCUUCUCCGCCAUCCACAGCACUGUCCACGCCGUCGCCGCCUCCCGCGGGGAUGCCAUGGAUGACGCUGAGCGGCGCGCUCUCGCGCGCCACACCCAACGCGCCGCGUUUGACCACCUCGCGAGCCGGCUGUGCCUGGCGCUCGACCCAACCGCCGACUACGACGGCGCGGCGCUGGCGCGCGCGUCCACGACGCUGGUCGUCGCGGGCGGCGUGGCGUGCAACAAGUUUCUGAUGCACGUGCUGCGAACGACGCUUGCGGCGCGGGGGCUGCUCUCUGACAGUAGCAAUAGCGGCAGCGGCGGGAUCCGCGAGAUUAUCGCGCCGCCGGCGGCGCUGUGCACCGACAACGCGGCCAUGAUUGCGUGGGCAGGCAUGGAAAUGUACGAGGCCGGCUGGUGCUCGCAUCUCGACGUCACGCCGCUGCCCAAGUGGCCGCUGGAUCCCGGCGUCCGGCUGCCGGAGAAGAGCAGCAGCGGCGUGUCAGGCGGGCUUAUGGAGGUUGGCGGGUGGUUGCGGCGUGAGUGA